GCUUCUCCACUCCUUUCCCUCUCUCGCCCUCCCCCUCCUCAGUACCCUCUUUGGUGAGUGACAGAGGCAGGCAGUCACAAUGCUGCCCGCGUCCUUUCUGAUCCUCACCCAUUGGUUAGCCGCCUCUCUCAGGGCAGUGCAGCAAAUCCUGUCCCCUCCCUGCCUCCCUCCCGCCCAGGACACAAGGCGCUAGGAGCUCAGUCUCCAUCCAGCUCCAGCAGGAGCCAAGCGUUGGGAGCACGUUAGGACAGGCUCCUACACACGGGGCGUCUGGACAAGGACCCGAGGCUCUGGGACCCGGGAAGCAGAGGAUCCUCCAGCACCCCAAGCCCCACGCAGAGCCCCACAGAGUUGCUGCUGCAUUCACCAGCACCCUUCGCCGCUGCUGCAGCCCAGGAGUGCUCCGGAGCUCACCCGAGCUGAAGAGGGGAAGCAAAACCUCCAGAUGGGCCAGGGGCUCCGGACUCUGUCCUGGUAGCAACAUCCAGAAGCAGGACCGACUGAAGUGUCUGGGUCCCCAUCUGGACACCACCCCCCCACUCCCUCCCCCGUGCCCCGCCCGCCCCGGCCGUGGUCUUAGUGACCUCGCUGCCCGGCCAGCGGGGGCACCAAUUUCUCCUCAGGUGCGCGCAGCAAGGCAGGAGGAACAUCAUGGAGGCUCUGAGCACUGGCCGUCUGCAGCAGAAGUGAGGAGGUCCUGCCGGGGUCGGCGGGACCCGCGGAUCAUGUACGGCGACGUGUUCAACGCCACCAGCGGCCCGGAGGCAGCGGGAAGCGGCGCGCUGGCCCCCGGGGCCACUGUCAAGGCGGAGGGUGCUUUGCCUCUGGAGCUGGCGACCGCGCGUGGCGUUCGGGACAGCUCGGCCACCAAGCCUGACCUGUCCACCUACCUGCUGCUCUUCUUCCUCCUGCUGCUGUCCGUGGCUCUUGUCGUCCUCUUCAUCGGCUGCCAGCUGCGCCACUCGGCCUUUGCUGCCCUGCCCCACGACCGCUCACUGCGCGAUGCCCGUGCGCCCUGGAAGACGCGGCCGGUAUAGAGCAAAUGGAGUCAGAGGGGCCGCGGGGCGCUUGGUCUUGGCCUUGCAGAGCAGAGCGGGGUGGGCUCCAGAGUCGCUGGCCCCUGGAACACUUCGUCUAGACCUAAAGACCCUCUCGGACCUGAAGAAUAAGAGAUGCUGCUGCACCAACUGCUGUACUAAAAAGUCUCACCAAAAUGACUGCAUAAACAUCAGCUGAACAAGGACAACAGCAGCCAGAUAUGCCACCGUGGAUGGACGAAAGACUGCGCUGCCUCUGCCCUACACAGAGAACCACAGGCAACAGGACAAUACUGCGAGUGGGAGGGGUCUUCCUGGGGAGAAGCAUGCUAAUUGGUUGCCCGGUGCCCGGUGCCCUGCCCUGAAGGCAGGCAUGCAGGUGACACUGAACAGGUGAGCAGGCUGUGUCUGGGAGAACACUAUGUAUGCGUGUAUGCAUCUAAGCAUGUAAGUAACCAUUAAUGAGGAAAGAGGCCAUAGACUGAAGGAAAGCAGAAGGGGGUUGUAGGACGACUUGGAGGGAGAAGGAGUAAAUUAUACUAUAUUGUAACCUCAAAAAUAAAAGACAUGGGCAUCAAA